AUGGAAUCAAUGAUCAACAAGGCCAAGGAGUUUGCCAGCUCCGAGAAGGGCCAGAACAUGAUGGACAAGUUCGGCGGCAACAAGAACAACAACAACAACAACGAUGACUCUUCCUACGGAGGCAACAACGACAACAGUUCCUACGGUGGGGGCAAUGACAAUAGCUCGUACGGAGGCAACGAUAACAGCUCCGGUGGUGGUGGAGGUGGAUUUGGAAUGCAAGACGCCAGCUCUGGUGGUGACUCCUACGGCUCUGGUGGUGGCCAAGGUGGCUUCGGCGGUGACACUUCUGGUCAGGGAGGCUACGGUGCCAAUGACGGCGGAGACUCCUACUCUUCUUCCAACCAGCAAGGUGGAGGAGGCUACGGUGGCUCCGGCGGAGGACAAUUUGGCGACGACAGCUCUUCUGGUGGUGGACGCCAAGGUGGAGGAGGCUUUGGUGGUGGAGGUCAGGACGACUUCUCUUCUGGUGGUGCACGCCAAGGAGGAGGAGGAGGCUUCGGCGGUGGAGGUCAGGACGACUUCUCUUCUGGCGGCGGUCAAGGCGGCCAGGGAGGUGGCUUUGGUGGAGACACUUCUGGACAGGGAGGCUAUGGCGCUAAUGAUGGAGGUGACUCCUUCUCGUCUUCCAACCAGCAGGGCGGAGGCUAUGGAGGAUCUGGUGGAGGCCAAUUUGGCGAUGACAGCGGCUCUGGCGGUGGCGGUGGUGGAUACGGUGGCGGCGGUCGUGAUGAUCAGUACUAA